CAUAAUUGAAUCUCAGGGGAUUUUUCCAUCCCCACCACUCCGGAAUCAUGACGAGGCCCCCACCUCCCUGUCUCUAGGCCUGAUAUCGACUGUCUUUUCAAACUCACAGCCAUUCUCUGAUGAGAUAAAUGCCGCCAUGACGGUUGCUUCCUGCGGCACCGCGCGAGUUCCAGGUCAUCCGGCGAUGCGCAUCUGAACGAUGAAAAAUGGCUACGCUGCUGUGUCAAUUUAUUUGUUGGAUUGUCUUCUUUGGUCAUUCUGCGACUACAUGCACUUAUUCACAAUUCAGUGCAAAAGUCUUGGUGCAAACGCCGCAGUCCGCUCGCAGUCCUACGUUGCCAUGAGAGGGCGGCUUCCGGUGAGAAUAAUGUUUCUCACGCUGCGGCCAAGCCUUAGUACCAUGGUCAGGUUGCAUCAAGGACAAGGCCAAAACAACCGUCGGAAGCCGUCCCAACGGGCGAGCGAAACCGGUGUCCUCCCCAUUAGUUCUGUAUCUCGACCUCUCAAAGUCGGAAAUAACUGGAAAGGAUUGAAACACGUAUUAGUCUGUGUUCGAACCAUCCGUUACCUAGGUGCCGAAGGGAGCAAUCUUACAGAUCGACAUCAUUUACGACACGUGAGGCUACUAUCUAGAUCAACAUUCCAGAAUUUGCAAAACGGUCUACGCAGCACCGAGAUCGUUCCAAUUUGCCGACGUUUGGCCUAGGUAUAAAAAGGCGGGUCUCGUCAUAAUUUGUCUUUCCCCACUGUCCGUUUCCUCUGAACUUCACCUUUGCCUCUUCCUAGCUGUGCUGGCCCUUCGUUCUUCGUUCAAUUU